AAAUUUACUUUUGCCCCGGGUCUAAAAACUUGAGGACCGGCACUGCUCUUCAGAAUCGCAGAUCCGUCGCCGCCAUCGUUGCAGAUCGUUCACUGUGUGGCGCCCCCCGUCGCCGAUCUUCGCAGACCCUUCAGUUUCCUCCAGCGAGCGUUCCUCUUCCUCCAGCUUUGCAUACCCGUCGCAGACAACUGUUGCAAAUCCAUCGCCGCCGUGAGUCGCCCACCUUCCCUCUUCAGCUUCUCCGCCGAACGUUUCCGUCGCAGUUCCUUCCCGGCCGAUUGAGUCCAGCAGGUUAGGCUUUGGGUUAAAGUAUGCAUCAUUGAGUGUUCUUGAAUAGAGAGAGGGAUGGAAGAUCCCUGCUCAGUGAAUAGUCCUAGAAGGGUCCUUAGUCUCUCAAGGAAAAGGAGAGGAACUCUGUCCGUCCUUGAGCACAAUGACCGAUCUUCUGGGUUUGAUGUCUCUGGUGAACAUGGUCCAAAACCUUCUGAAGUGUAUGGCUUCGUUGGCUCUAUUUCAACUGUUGCUGCUACAGUUAUUUUCUUGAUAUGGGCAUAUGCUCCUGAGCAUUGGUUACACUCCGCUGGGAUCUUUUAUUAUCCAAGCAGGUAUUGGGCUUUGGCAAUUCCAGCCUAUGCAAUGGUGACAGUAGUAUUAGCCCUUGGCUUUUACAUUGGCCUGAACUUUAUGGCAACCCCUACUCCAACUUCCUUGAACACAAUCUUUGAUGAGUACAGUAGAGAACCUUCUAGCUUUAAACCUUGUGUGGAAGGAGAAGAGCAGCCCAUUGAACCCAUAUCUGACAUUGGCAUCAACCGAAUCAACAAACUCAUGUUCUAUCAUCACAAAUGAGAGUCCAACCUGGCUACUGUUGGAGUAGCAAUAUAAUACGGCUAGCAGUCAUCUGAAUGGCUCCAAAUCCUGAUCGUGAUCCUGGUCCUGAUAGAGACAAGGAGAGUUUAUGUGGAAUCUCCAGUGUUCAAGCUUCGUUCAAAUCUGCAUUAGCUGCAUUAAGAAACGGCUCCAUCCAGCUUGUGUGCUUGGGUGGGUUGUAAGGUUACCUUGCCAUAGAACUUUGAAGUUUGUUUGUCUCUGGUGUUGUAACACUCGAGAUUUUUAGACUGAAAUAUGUUGUAAUACAUGGGAUUUUUAGUUUCUUUUACUUGAGGAAAUAUAUCAUUUCAAGGGAUUAUAGAA